ACCUUUUAAAGGACUUGGAACCAUUAAUAGAUGUUGCAAACAAGCAUGUAGGGUUCAUAGGGGUGUAUGGAAUGGGUGGUAUUGGAAAGACCACCAUCGCUAAAGCUGUUUACAAUUACUUUGCUGCUGAAUUUGAAGGUUCUAGCUUCCUCGCAAAUGUACGAGAAACAUCAAAGCAGCAUCUUGGUCUUGUACAACUACGAGAAACGCUUUUGUUUGACAUGCAUGGGGGUAAAAAUUUGAAGGUUGGGAAUAUUCAUAGAGGUAUCAACAUCAUACAGGAAAGGCUUUGUAACAAAAGAGUACUUGUCAUUCUCGACGAUGUUGAUGACCUUGAUCAGUUGAAGACAUUGGCAGGAGGGCAUGAGUGGUUUGGCUUAGGCAGUAGAAUAGUCAUAACUACUAGAAAUAAACAUUUGCUAACCAGUCAUGGAGUUAGUGGAAUAUAUAAAGUUCAGGGAAUGAAAGAAAAGAGAGCUCUUGAACUCUUAAAUUGGAAUGCUUUUAAGAGGGAGAAACCUCUAGAAGAUUACCUUGCGCUCUCAGAUCGUGUUGUACGUUACACUGAUGGCCUUCCAUUAGCUCUUGUAGUAUUGGGCUCCUUCCUAUGUGGUAGGACAGAAGAUCAAUGGCAAAGUGCAAUACAUAAUUUGGAAAAGAAGCCGGACAAGAAAUUAUAUCAAAUACUUAAAAUAAGUUAUGAUGCUUUACAGGACAAUGAGAAGAGACUUUUCCUUGAUAUUGCAUGUUUCUUGGUUGGAGAGGACAAAGAUUAUGUUACUAAAGUACUUGGAAGUAGUAAUUUCUGCCCGAUCAUUGGAAUUGAUGUUCUUACAGAUAUGUCUCUCAUAAAUGUAGACUUCAAUAGGCUAAGAAUGCACCACCUGGUAGAAGAAGUGGGAAAGGAAAUUGUCUGCCAGGAAUCCCCUGAAGCUGCAAACGCAGUAGAUUAUGGGCUCCAGAUGAUGUUUUUCACGUUUUCUCUGAAAGCACUGGAACAAAUACGAUUGAAGGAAUUAUGCUGAAGUUCCCUGAAAAGAGAACCUGAAAAGAGAACUCUAUACUUGAAUGCUACAUCAUUCAACAAAAUGAAAAGGCUUUGGCUACUUAUAUUUGAUAAUGUGGUCCUUUCUACUGCCAUUGGAUACCUUUCUAAUGAGUUAAGGUUAAUUGAUUUGCCUGGAUAUCAAUUUCCUACUUUGCCAUUCAAUUCUGGUCGGAAACAACUUGUUAUACUCAACAUGCCUCAUAAUCAUAUCCAUCAACUUGACAAAGAAUUCAAGGUACAAUUGUUAUGUAAAUAUUUCACUAUAAUUACGUUGUCAUAUUCUUGAUUGCUGGCUAAUUUAAUUCCUUUUUUUUUUUUUUUUGGCUCCCUUUUAAUUUUGUUUGCAGAAUUUUGAAAGAAUGAGAGUU